GGACUCCGAUAACAAAGCGCGAUAGGAAGGGAGAGGGCGGACGACAACGACGGGCGAUGAGGUGCUGCAACUAGAGCGACUAGCAUAUAUUUAAGCGAAAAGACGUUCCUCCCAUACUUUGAACAGAUUUUAAGUUUGCAUGCUGUAACCCAUGUUGGGUACCUUAUCCUCGUUCGCUGUCGUUGUUUCGCUCCUUCUCUCUACUCCUUCCUUACAAGUUACUGCCCAUGGCUUCCCUGCUCAGCACACUCUCGGACGGCCGCUUCAUAUAGAGCACGUACAGCUGUCGGGAUCUCUGUUGUUACCGCGACCCAAGCGCCCUACACGCCCUACACCGAGGUUAUGUUCCCAGGCUCCAGUUGAAGCGGGUGACCGUCGCGAAAACAAGGACGAGCUUACUGUUGGAAAUUUCAACGCUGAAUGGCUCUUCAUCAAUGGUGGCACAGGUGGACUGGUGUGUCCGGGAAGAUCUUGUCCUUGGAAGAACAAGAAAAUGGCAUUAGAGCAUUUCUCCCGGGUGGCAAAGACAAUUGCUGCGAUGGGUCUUCCGGAUAUUGUCCACCUUAGCGAAGUCGAAAGCUGUGAUGCCCUUGACAAGUUGAUUGAGGUUCUGGAAGCAGAGAAUACGGCCGCCAAAGGAGCAUAUCGCGCGUACCUAGUUCCUGGGCGGGACACAGCCCUAGGGCAACAAGUGGGCUUCAUCACCAAGGUAGACCCGAUUAUCGAUGUGAUCCGCACCGACGAGCGUGUUCUCUACCCCAUCAAAGGAUCCCUGUGUGGCUUCACCAAACCCGGUUCACCUCCUCAGAUGUACGGAUCAACAAAGAACUACUUUGCCAGGUUCCAAGUCAAUGAGAUACCCAUCCUCCUCAGCGGAAAUCACUUUAUUGCGUACCCUGACAAACGCGACCGAUGCGAAAAGCGCGAGGCACAAGCAUCGGUGAUCUCCAAUGCCAUUCAACGACAUCUUUUGACACAAUCUCACGAUGAGGUCAUCGUGCUGGGUGACUUUAAUGACUAUGAUGAUGAGGUGGUGGAUGCCGCAGGAGAACUCGAUCAUCCCAUCAGCAAGGCAUUAUCAACCCUCCGCACCGCCACAAAUCCACCCCUUUUCAACAUAGCUAACUUGUGGGAAAACCAAACAGAGCGUUACACAAACUGGUAUGACCGCAACAGGGACUGCAAGGACGAUGGGGGAAACGAACACGUCUUGAUCGACCACGUUCUCAUCAGUCGAGGUUUGCGCGAUCGUCUUGUGGACAGCUAUCCAUUACACAAUUAUAAACAGUACUGUGGAACGUUAGAUUCAGAUCAUUGGCCUAUAUUCGCUAGGUUUGAUGUUCGAAAGGAUAGAGGGAUCUGAGGAUAUCGUAGUCUGACGAUUUUCUACCUAUGGUUUUUAUGGACUAUUUUUUAUUCUACAUGUUAGAGUAUUGGUAUUAAUUUGACAUUUGAAAAAAUAUGAGAGUGCUGCUGUAAUCAAGGGAUUUCACAUUCCACCAUGAUCAGCAAUCUUUUUC